GUCGUCGCGUAUACUUCACGCCAGCUUAAGCCUCAUGAGCAGAACUAUCCGACGCACGACUUGGAGUUAGCAGCAGUUGUACAUGCUCUCAAGAUCUGGCGACAUUAUCUUUACGGCGGACGUUGCGAGAUUUUCACAGAUCACAAGAGCUUGCAGUAUAUCUUUACGCAGAAGGAGCUCAAUAUGAGGCAGCGCCGUUGGCUCGAACUUGUUAAGGAUUACGUCUGCUCUAUUCAGUAUCAUCCGGGGAAGGCGAACGUCGUCGCAGAUGCCCUAAGCCGAAAGGUGAAGGGUGACUUGACGUACGUCAUUACGCAGCAGAGUCCGAUAUUCAUGAGUUUGCCCGGAUUCACGAUGGAUUUCGUUACGGGAUUACCGAGAUCAUCUGAACAUCACGACGCUUUCUGGGUCGUGGUCGACAGAUUGACUAAGGUCGCUCAUUUCUUACCCGUUUCGAUGAAGAUGUCUCUGGACAAGUUGGCUGCGAUAUAUACCCAUGGGUUCAUCCGACUCCACGGAGUGCCCGUUACGAUCGUAUCAGACAGAGAUCCCAGAUUCGUCAGCCGAUUCUGGCACAAUUUACAUGAGGCGAUGGGCACGAAGUUAGAGUUCAGUUCAGCCUACCAUCCGGAGACGGACGGUCAGUCAGAGCGGACUAUUCAGACGCUUGAGGAUAUGCUUCGCGCUUUUGUUGUUGACAGGGGUGCUAAGUGGGAGUCGUUGUUGCCGUACGCCGAGUUCGAGUAUAACAACAGCUAUCAUUCUUCCAUUCAGAUGGCUCCUUACGAGGCACUUUAUGGUAGCAAGUGUCGUUCCCCUCUCUAUUGGGAUGACGUCGGAGAGCGGCGAGUACUCGGUCCUAAGAUGAUCGAGGAGACAGCGGAGCAGGUCGAGUUGAUCCGGCAGAGACUCAGGACAGCUCAGAGUCAACAGAAAUCUUCCGCCGAUCAUCAUCGACGAGACAUUCAGUUCGAGGUUGGCGAGCCAGCCUUUCUCAGAGUUCGUCCGAUUCGUGGAGUUGUACGAUUCGGAAAGAGAGGGAAGCUGCACCCUCGAUUCAUCGGUCCGUUCGAGGUUCUCGAGCGAGUAGGCGAGGUCGCGUAUCGACUAGCCCUACCUCCCGAGUUAUCAGGCAUUCAUAAUGUUUUCCACGCCUCUAUGUUGCGUAAGUACGUGUGCGACCCCGAUCAUGUCAUUCCUCUCACGGAUAUUCAGGUUCAGUCAGAUCUAUCGUACGAGGAGCGACCCGUGGCUGUACUAGACCGUCAG